UCGAACAGAGUCCACCUCAAACAGCAUCAAGUUCAGCAGUCUAUUUUUUAAUCCCGAUAAUAUUUCUGUUGCCUAUUUUUUCAGCUUGCAUGUGUUGAAAGAUUUAAGUCAUUUAAAUCUAUCAUUUUCCUGGAUAGGAAUACCUAAGAAAAGCUCUUCCUGGAGGAAUACUGUCUUCUGUGUUAUAGCCACUGCAUUGUUUUCUUCAGACAGAUUUUUAUUUUGUGAAUGAUGCAUUUUGCAGUUUUGAUCAGUUUGUUUUUUCCACUGGUUGAAGCCAAGUACCACAAUUCAUUUCCGGUUCAUCAGGGGCUCAGUCCACACCAGGAGCAUGGGAAACCCAUCAGCAGACACAGGAACCACUGUGCCUACGUCAUUGAGAAGACGGUGUCCUUCACCGUCCAAGAUGGGGCAGCGCCAUAUGUAAAGGCUGAAUACAACAGGUGUUCCUGGGCCAAAAAAUGUCCAACUCUCUUGUAUCGCCUGCUCUAUAAGCCUAUGUACAAGGUAGCACAUAAAACAGUGACAGAACUGGAGUGGCGCUGUUGUCCUGGGUUCUCUGGUUAUAACUGUAUGGAGGGACAACAGAUUUACCAGCAUCCAGUGAGGAUGAUGCCACCAUUCAACGGUCCACCAAUGAAAGGCCUACAGUUUAGGGGGCCGCAGAAACAAGGGCCCAUGUUCAAUGGUCCAAUGUUCAAGGCUCCACCUAUGAACGGUGCUGUGAAACCCAAUUCCUGGAGUCAUCCGAAACAACCUCCCACCAACAGUUUCAGCUCCUACCCACUGCCUCACUUUGGGCCACCAAAGUCCUCCUCUUACCCUGACACCUCCAAUGAGCCUUACCCACCAGAACCUCAGCCAGUACCAGAAUACCAGGAGCCACACCUUACAGACAGUGACCAAGAGCAUGAGGAAGAAGAUAACCAAAGACCAGAGGAUGUGAUCCCACAGGAAAUCCCAGCUUCACCCUCUGGAGAAGAACAGCCAGAGAGGAAGAUCACAGGCCAAGCUCUGGACGGUGAGACAGAGAAGAGGAUAUUUCGAAUAGAGGAGGACAUUCACCAUCUAAAUCAUGGUCUGGAGACACUCAGGGGAAUGGUGAUAGGACUGGAGAACAGCCUGAGAGCCUCGCUGAGAGAGGAUGCCAGCAGGAUGCUGUCAGCUUUGCUCUCUGCUGCUCCAAGUCCUCUUGGUGCUCAAGCUACAGCAUCUAAUCCACCCUCUAUAGGGUUUGUGGAAAUUCCUGCAAGAGAUCUUGACAUGGAGGGCUUAGACGGCAGCUACAUGUUUCCAGGUCUCACAGAACUGAAUGGAAGGGUAGAAGAGAUGAAGACAGAGCUGCAGGUCAAGGCAGCAGAGAUGCAGGAGCUCAGAGCAACAGUGGAGGGACACAAUGGAGUCCUAAAAAUGAUUUCAAAUGGAGCUGUAUUGCCACCAGACUCCACUGGGAAUACUGGGGGAGGUAUUGAAGGUUUGAUGGAUACUAAACUAAGUGCAGUUAGGCUAGAAAUUCUUGAUGGCCUUGAGGAACGUGUGGAGAGCGCAGAGGGACGCUGCGGGGAGAAGGUUGGGGAUGAGUGCCGCCAGUGCCAGAGUGAUCACUGCAAACAGCAGGAGCAGAUGAGAGACGCUCUGGAAGAAAGUACAUUAAAGCUGAGAACUGAGCUCGGAAACAUCCAGUCACAGGUCCGUGGUUUAACAGACACAGAGAGCUGCUGUGGCAGCAUGAGAGGACUGGCAGAAAGAGUUCAGCAUCUGGAAACAUCUGUGGCAAGUCUCAACUGCUCCCAGGGACACCUAAGAGUGGAGCUUAGUGGUCACAAAGACCACAUAGAGGGAAUGUUGGAGGGCCGUCUUCGAUAUGUUGAAGUCAAGCUCAACCUGACCGGGCAAAAUAAAACUGAUGAUCCUGAAGAGAACAGAGCUGUCCAAGAUGCUGCUGCAACAGGCCAGGGUUUGGAGGCCAGAAUGGAGGGUAAGCUUAGAGACCUAGAGGGCCGCUUACUGACGGCAUUGGAGGAGCUUACCAAUGCCACCGCCCCUGCACUGCUGGAAGGUCAUACUGUUCCAACACUAGAGACGGAGCUGGAAUCCCUCCGAGGGAGACUUGAACUAGAUGUUGACAGAGUGCAAAAACAUCUUAACAACCUGGAGGUUCUCUGCUCCUCUUCUUGUGCCUUGUCACAGAAAUCUGCAACUCAGGGAGACUCUGCUGGGCUGGGUGAAAACCAAGAACUCGACCAGAACAUAAAGGAGGUAUUAGACUUGCAGGGUGACCGUUUGACCAGUCUUAACUUUACACUGCAGAAGAUCUUAAAGACCAUGGCCCUCAGGGAGGGGCAGGGAGACACAGCAAGAGAUCCUCCCAUUCAGGCAGAAUUGAUGGUCCUUAAGUUCAAUGUUCGUUCUGUCAACCACACCCUGAGGAGUCUCCAAGACUCCCUGGGCACGGUGGUCCAUCAGGUGGGAGAGGCCAACAUCUCCUGGCAUGAAAGAGAGGUUCGUCUGGCCAAGCAGAUAAAGGGAGUGGUUCAGCUGGUCGGACAUCAGGCUUCCAUGCUUGGAGCAAGUGAGCGCAGACUGACCCGACUUAAAGGUGAGCUACAAGAGAUGAAGAAGCGUCUGGCUGAGGAGGUAAGAGGAUGCCGGAGCACAGCCAUGGUGGUCAAAAAGGAAGUAACGGAGGUUGGUGGACGUGUUGCCAGUGUGGAGGAUCAGUGUAAAGGCCUGAAUUACCUGGCAGAGGACCUGGAGAGAAUCAGGGAGGAGCUGGAGAAACAAUCCAACAGUCUUCUUCUGCAAGUUAAUGGAACUCUCUCCAGCCAUGCUCAGCAGCUGUAUGAGCUGAAAGACGAGCUAAGAAACUGCACCUCCAGGGCAGAGCCGACAAAGAGCUCAGAGAUGACUGCACAGGUGAAACGAGGGGACACAUUCACUCUAAAUUAGAUCAGUUUGUAGGGAAAGCUGAUUAUUAAGGGGUAAAUAUUCUUCGGCUGAAACCUUUAAGCCUGCACUGAAACAGAAGGGUUUUAGCUAUAUUAUGAUAUGCAGUAGAAAGAAAGAAGGCAGCUAACUGUGAUGGAAAUGAAGACAUACUGAGGUUGAUUCAUCAAGGUGCUAUGACAAAUUAUUUUUUGUGAACAGUUAUGUAGAGUGACUGAAUGAAGGAUGAAAUGUGAGUGUGAAGCUUAUAUGAACAAUCAUUUAAUAAUGUUUCUGUGUUUUUAUUCUGUAUUCUCUCAUGCCAAUAAUAUAAAUGUGCAAGAUAUUUUGUCUGUUUUUAUUGUGUGAAUGUUCUCAAACUGUAUUCUUUUUUAAAAAGUUUUAUUUUUUCAGUUAUGUUUGGUUUAAUUUCAGAGUUUGUCAGUUCUCACAAUGCAAUAAAAA